AACCAAUGUAUUUUCAAACUUCAAAUUUAUUCAUUAUGUUUGAGGAAAGUGUAAAGUACAGUCUAAAAUAUCGAGAUAACAAGGUCCCUCACUCAGAUUGGACACAAGACGGGACCAACACAGGAACGAAGGAAGGCGGUAGCAAGGCAGACAGAACCACCUUCCUUUGGCCUGCAAGUGACCGGGCCAGGUGAGGUUGGGUCGGGUGGGAGGUCAGGAUGAACCGGAGGCGUGGACCUAAUCGUCGGUUCAACGAGGCACAGGUCAGUGAGGAGUUGAAGAUCACCAUUGCACUCGCCCUCAAGAAACUGACGCAGAAUGAAGACCAGAAGGAGCUGGAGUUGCCGUCCUCUCUCACAUCAGAGGAGAGGAAGUACAUCCACUUUCUUUCCCAGCAGAUGGGGUUUAAGAGCAAAAGCAGAGGCAAGGGGUCAUCGCGUUACCUGACGGUGUACAAAAAGGAGGGCUCCACCAUCAUGAGCAAGGAGGCGCUGGUCACCCUGGCGGAUCAGACACGUUCCACCAUCCUGUCCCUCCUGCACCGCUGGUCCUGUCACCAAUAUGGCGGCAGAGGCGAGGAAGCUGCCAGUGUUGGGGGAUGCGGGAGCAGCUUGCUGGCGGCCGUGCACCACAACCAGGUCAUUUUGGUGUGUGGCGAGACAGGAUCAGGCAAGACCACACAGGUACCACAGAUGCUGCUGCAGGAGGCGUCAUCGCUGGGCAAGCCGUGUCGGAUAUUCUGCACACAGCCACGCCGCCUGUCUGCCCUCACCAUUGCAGAGAGAGUGGCUGCCGAGCGGGGGGAGAAGGUUGGAUACACAGUCGGAUAUCAGAUACGCCUCGAAAGCAAACUCUCCCCAAAAACACUUCUGACAUUCUGCACCAAUGGGGUCUUGCUGCGGACACUGAUGGCGGGUGACUCCUCCCUGGCCAGCGUGACCCACAUUCUGGUAGACGAGGUGCACGAGAGGGACAGGUUCACAGACUUCCUCCUCAUCGUUCUCCGUGACUGCCUGCCAAAAUUCCGUCACCUCAAGCUGAUCCUCAUGUCCGCUGCCCUGGAUGUCAACCUUUACGCCAAGUACUUCAACAACUGCCCCGUCAUUGAUAUUCCCGGUCGCUGCUAUCCUGUUAAGGAAUACUUUUUGGAGGACGUGCUGAAGUACACUAGCUACCAGACCCCUGAGAUGGCCAAGGCAGCAAGAGAGCUAGAGAAGAGGCAGAGUGGUCACAAGACAGCCACAGCAUGGACACAGCAAAUGUCACAACAGAUUCUGAGCAAUGUCUCCACACCACCGCCAGCACACACCCCGCCCAGGCCCACACAAGGCUCUGCUGGGGGUGCGCUGGGGUCUGCUGUGGGGUCUUUGUCGUCUGCCUCGACUCCUGGGCAGAUGUCGACUGUUGCUACACAAGGCCGCACUCAUGAAGAGAUGGACAGCAGUCUGCGUCGAGAGAUGGACAGCUGCAUACAAGAGGCCUUCCUGAGUGGCUCAGAUGAAGCUUUCUCCCAGAUGAUGUAUAUGGUGAUGUCAGAAAAUGUGUCCCCAGAUUACCAGCACUCAGAAACGUGGGCCACCCCGCUUAUGGUGGCAGCGGGACGGGGCCGAGUGGAUGUCCUGGAGCAGCUGUUGGCCCUGGGCGCGUCACUCACCCUCCGGGCUGCUAAUGACUGGUCUGCUGCCUGCUGGGCCAAGUCGACGGGCCAGCAGGAAGCUCUUGACUUGCUGCAUGCGUACAGUGCGUGUGAGGGAGUGGAUCUGCUGGGAGUGAGUGGGAAGAGCAGCCCCAAAGGGAGUGGCGGCCGGGGAGGUGGAGUGGUGGGGAAUGUUGAGGUGAACGCAGAGGACAGGCGGGCAGUGGAAGCUUACCAUCACUCCAUCUCUGACGACGUGGUGGACUGUGACUUGCUCCACGCUCUGUGCCUCAAGAUACACACUGACCAGCCACCCGGUGCCAUCCUGAUCUUCCUGCCGGGGUACGACCACAUUGUCACACUGAGGGACAAGAUCAUUGCUGAGGAGAGACAGUACCUGCAGGGAGGGAAGUACUGCCUUUUCUGCCUCCACUCCAGCAUGCAGUCCAGCGACCAGAAGCGAGUCUUCCGUCCUUCCCCAACAGGCGUUCGCAAAAUCAUUCUCUCCACCAACAUCGCUGAGACAAGUGUGACGAUCAAUGAUGUUGUGUAUGUGGUUGACAGCGGCAAGGUGAAGGAGGUAAGCUAUGACUCAAUGGUGGGUGUGUCGUGCCUGCGGUCAGUGUGGAUCUCUCAAGCCUCCAGCCAGCAGAGGAGGGGACGUGCUGGUCGCUGUCAGCCUGGCAUCUGCUACCACCUCUUCUCCAGGAGUCGGUAUGCAGCAAUGCAGCUGUACCAGACUCCUGAGAUUCUGCGCACUCCUUUGCAGGAGCUGUGCCUUCACACCAAGCUCCUCGCCCCAGCCAACAUGCCCAUUGCAGACUUCCUGGCACGAGCCCCUGAGGCGCCGGCAUUCAUGGUGAUCCGCAGUGCCGUACAGCUCCUGAAGAGCAUGGACGCACUGGAUGGGUGGGAGGAUGUUACAGAGUUGGGCCACCAUCUGCUAGACCUUCCCCUGCCACCCCGCUUGGCCAAGAUGGUCAUCACCGCCACUGUGCUCAAGUGCCUCGACCCGGUGCUCACCAUCGCUGCAGCACUCGCUCUCAAAGACCCCUUCAUGCUGCCCAAGAACCCCAACGAGAAGAGAAGCGCGAGUGCUGUGCGUCGGAAGUUCACCUCUGGGACUUAUAGUGAUCAUAUGGUGCUACUCAAGGCGUUUCAGGCGUGGCAGAAGGCGUGCACAGAGGGGUGGGAACGGGGGUGGUGUGAGAGGAACUACAUCUCCGGGGCAGCCAUGGAGAUGAUACACGGCAUGCGGUCUCAGGUCCUGGCUCAGCUGAGGGGUGCUGGCUUUGUGAGGGCACGGGGACCUGGGGACAUUAGGGACGUGAACAGCAACAGUGACAACUGGGCGAUGGUGAAGGCAGCGCUGGUGUUCGGCAUGUACCCGAACCUCAUCCGUGUGGACCGAGACCAGUGCCAGCUACGCACACAGAAGGAAAGCAAGGUACGCCUCCACCCGAACUCGGCACUCCUGGAUGUGGGGGGAUCAGUGAAACAGCAGCUUGGGCACCUCCUUCAACUCAGCCCAUCGCUCCCUGGUGGCGUCACUGCCUCGGACUGGCUGGUGUAUGAUGAGAUGGUGCGCAUUGGGGGGGUGGCUCAUGUGCGCACUGUCACCCUGGUGUCCCCCCUGACGGUGCUUCUCAUGGCCGGCCCCAUGCGUCCUGCCCCUUGAUGCCCUGUCGGGAGCCCUCA